AUGAAGACAAGCAGGAGCAGUACCAAAGGUGAUUCAGCUUCGUGGUUUUGCGGCGCAGUACUUCUGGGUUUGAUAUUAUUGGGGUGUAUCAGAGAGAGAAGUGGUGGCGGCGGCGACGGCGACGAUAUCAGAGGGAAGAAGCUGCUUGAACGGCCGUGCGAUGAGAUAUAUGUCGUCGGAGAAGGCGAGACUCUUCAUUCUAUUAGCCACAAGUGCAGCGACCCGUUCAUCGUAGAACAAAAUCCUCAUAUUCAUGAUCCUGAUGAUGUUUUUCCUGGACUUGUCAUCAAAAUCACCCCCACCAAUCUUCACUAG